CAGAGAAGGAAAAGAAAAAGCUGGAAAACAUCUUCUUCAACUUUUUUUCCUCUCUUUCCCGUGAACCCAAUAGAAGACCCAUUCCUCCAUCUUUUUUUUUUCACACCAAAAUUUCUUCAAAAUUCCAUCUCCAAUCAACUACCUAUUUUCUCCCAACACCUUUUCAAAGAAGAAUUUGAAGAAAAGAAGGGAAAUCAAAGAGAAAAUUCAAGGUUGAGGGAGAAUGAACAGUAACCAAGGGUUUGGAAAUUUAAAGACGAUGAAACCAGAAGCUGAAACUGCUUGUGAAAUGAGCACAGACUAUCACAAAUACUCUACGAUUAAUUUUGAAGAGACUGAAUUGCGUCUAGGGUUACCAGGAGGCAAUGCAAUUGAACCUGAGCUUGCUAAGCCUCAUGGAAAGAGAGGGUUCUCUGAGACUCAAGUGGAUUUGAAGCUUAAUCUUUCCACCAAAGAAUCACCAGAGAACGAUAUCGGAGAUAAGAAAAUGAAGGAGAAAGUUACUGUGCUUCCUUCCUCCGCUGAUCCGCCCAAGCCUCCGGCCAAGGCACAAGUUGUGGGUUGGCCACCAAUUCGAUCAAAAUUCCGAAUGUCUGUACAGAAAAACAGCAGUGAAGAGAGAGAAAAAGCGGCUGCCAGUGCCGCCACCGGCGGAGGUGUGGCAUUUGUGAAGGUGAGCAUGGACGGUGCACCGUACUUGCGAAAAGUGGACUUGAAAUUGUAUAAAAGCUACCAAGAACUCUCUGAUGGCUUGGGCAAAAUGUUCAGCUCCUUUACCAUUGGCAAUUAUGGAUCACAAGGAAUGAAGGAUUUUAUGAAUGAAAGCAGAUUGAUAGACUUAUUGAAUGGUUCUGAGUAUGUUCCAACUUAUGAAGACAAAGAUGGAGAUUGGAUGCUUGUAGGAGACGUACCAUGGGAAAUGUUCGUGGAUUCAUGUAAAAGAUUAAGGAUAAUGAAGGGGUCUGAGGCAAUCGGACUUGGCAUACCACACCUCACCACAGCACACCACUGGCCUUCAGUCAGCAUUUGUGACAUAUUCCCAUGACCUCCUCUAUAAUUAAAUUCAAUAACCUUCCGAUGACUAUAGAUGCACGCAAUCGAAAUGGCACGGUUAAUGU